AUGAAGAGGCAAAAGGUAAUCGAGUUAGAUCGUGUGGAAACGAAGGGCUUCAACAUAGACUGGGCGAAUGUUUUGGUCGAUGAGGAAGUGCCGGAGUUGGAGAUCAUCGGCAGUGACGACAAAACUCCGCCGCCUGAGCCGACUCUCUCCGGCGAUGAUUCCGGUGUCUGCGUGCGAUCCCUCAAGGAUUGCGAACUGGAUGAUCAGCUGAAGCGUCAGAGAACGCUUCUUUCUGCUUUCAGUGAGAAGUUACCAGACAAGGGCCACAGAAUCCGCACCCAAAUCGGAAACCUCGAGUACGAGAAGCAGAGAAGAAUGUUCUGCCGCACGAAACCGGUUUGUCUUUACCCGAAAUUGCAUCUCUUUUCUUCAUGUGAAAACUGUUUUCGACGGUUUGGGAACAUUAGGAAGGAAUGUGAAGAGGGGAAUAGCUUGAUUGUGUUUAAAAAUGAAAGCUUUUUGUGUAGAACACAGAAACUCAAUACUUUUGAUGCGGACAAAUGUCUUUCGAAAAGCUCAGAUGUGUUUAGACAAGCGAGUACGGGAUCGAAAGACGUGUCUCGGCCAACAUUUGCUGCUAAUUCUAGUGAGAAUCCCAAAAUGGAUGCUCGACCAGUGAAGAAGCUGUUCAAUGAAGAAGUUGAAGAUUUGGGACGUGAAAGCUGGAAAAGCAAGGCUGGUGGAGAGACGACAGCAGACAAAACCAAUGGGUGGCGGUCGAUGCCAAGGGAGUUGGGUUUGAAAGCACCGCCAUCACAGAGGUCAAGCUGCAGGAAGAAACCAGAUGAUAAAGUGAUUAAUUUGGAUGAAGAUGAACCUGAGUCUCCAGUGGUUGAGAAAGCACUUGAACUUCCCGAAGGGUUACCGGAAGAUAUUUGCUAUCCGUCAAGGGAUGACCCAGACUUUGUUCAAGUGUCUCUUAAUGAUUUUAAAUGCCUUUCACCUGGAGAGUAUCUUACAUCGCCAGUUAUAAAUUUCUACAUCAGGUUCUUGCAGCACCAGGUGUUUUCAGAAAAUCAGACAGCUUCUAAUUGUCAUUUCUUUAAUACAUUUUUCUACAAGAAGCUCAUAGAAGCUUUUUCAUACAAGGGUAACGACAAGGAUGCAUUUUUUGUGAAGUUGAGGCGGUGGUGGAAGGGUUUUGAUCUAUUCCGUAAAUCAUAUAUAUUCAUACCAAUACAUGAAGAUCUCCACUGGAGCUUAGUAAUAAUUUGCAUCCCAGACAAAGAAGACGAAUCAGGACUGACUAUACUUCACUUAGAUUCAUUGGGACUUCACCCAAGACGAUCAAUUUUCAACAAUGUCAAAAGGUUUCUGAGAGAGGAAUGGAACUAUCUGAAUCAAGAUGCUCCUUCGUUGGAUUUACCAAUUUCAGAAAGAAUAUGGAGAGACCUUCCCGAUAGGAUCAACGAAGCUAAAGUUCCACAGCAGAAGAAUGAUUUCGAUUGCGGUCUGUUUGUGCUUUUCUUCAUAAAAAAGUUCAUCGAAGAGGCUCCUCAGAGGCUGCAGUUGCAGGAUUUGGGAAUGAUUCACAAGAAGUGGUUCAAACCCGAUGAAGCCUCUGCUUUGAGGACCAAAAUCUGGAACAAACUCAUUGAGCUAUUCAGUGAGAGUAAUCAAACAGAUUAA